UCUGCAAACGCCAGGAACCAUCCUUUCAUGGUUUCACCCGUGCGACGGGUAGCAUGGGCCAAACAGAAACUUGGAAGCUUUAGGAAGGAGCCACAACCACGUCGCCACUUCCUCGCCAACGCCCCACCUUCGAUGAAAUGUCUCGCCGCUGGUUCCGUCGCGAAGUCUUCCGCCUCCUCAUUCUUUUCGCUGUCAUCACCAGUAUAGCAUGGCUGUGGCUGUGGGAUCCGCAUGCCCAGCGGCCGCGGCCGAUUGUGUACCCAUUCGAUGACGAGCGUCCGAAAGCGCAGCCGCAUCCCAUUGACCGACUCAUAAGCAGUGCGCAACGGACGUUCGAUGAGCUGAUAGCGAAGAGGACUACGGAUUUACAGGCCACCGCCAAGGCAUACCGCCAGCGGCGGGGACGGCAUCCGCCCCCCGGCUUCGAGGCGUGGUUUGCGUUUGCGAAAGACAAUGACGCUCUCAUUGUAGAGGACUUCUUCGACCAGAUAUAUCACGACUUGAAUCCCUUCUGGGGCAUCCCCGCGAAUCAAACCAGACAGCAGGCCAGGCUAGUGCCCGAGAAGGAGAAGAUCACUGUCAGGAAUGGCACUGUGCAGAACGAGAAGAUCGAGAGAGAGUGGAUGGAGCAUUGGGUCGGCAUGAUCAAGGGGAUCCAGCAUCAUUUGCCUGACGUCGAUAUACCGAUCAACCUUAUGGAUGAGCCGCGUGUAAUGGUUCCUUGGGAGGAUGUCAAUCGCUACGUACAGGUGGAGCGGGAUUCGCGACAGGUGCUGCCGGUGGAAGAAGUAGUGGGAAGCGUGUCGGCCUUCGAAGCGGACGUGGAUCUAGAUGAGUCGGCCAAGAUUCAAUUUGGCUCGUCCAAAUGGUACUGGGACGCUGCGCGGCUUUCAUGCGCGCCGGACACACCAUCUCGAGAGGUCCUUGCAGCUACUAACUUCACAGGCCCACCUCCGCCCCCCGAUCUCUUCCCGUUGUUCUCCUUCGAAGGUUAUGUGUCCAAUUGGACGGCCGCCAAGGACCCAUGUCUCCAACCAGAGCUUCGAGAGUCACACGGCAGUUUCGUGGAGCCGAUUUCUAAGUCAACUACCCAAGCACUCGUUCCUUAUUUUGGGGGCAGUAAGCUGCCAAUGAACAACGAUAUCCUGAUCCCGGCAGCAAUGUACUGGCCAGAUGCUUCUCUCUACUCCAGCGGCAAAAAGCACGGCAGCGAGUGGGAGGACAAAGCUACCGCCGUAAUCUGGCGAGGCGCCGCAACAGGCGGACGAAACAGAGAAGAGAACUGGACGCGCUUCCAGCGACACCGUUUCGUCUCCCUCGUAAACGGCACCCAGGUCCGACUAGCACAACAGAACCCCGACGCCGCUCAAGGACCUAAUUUCAUCCUCCAACCAUACGAGACCUACCGUGGAACAGCGGCCCAGCAGGUUGACUUGGGCACAUGGCUCGACCAAAUCGCAGACGUGGGCUUCACUUAUCUCGUAUGUUUCCCGGCAACAGGUAAUGCCUCCUGUCCGUACACCGAUCCCUACUUUGAGAUCAAGAACGAGAUGUCCUUGGACGUGCAGUACGAAUAUAAAUACCUCCCCGACCUUGACGGCAACUCCUUCAGCGGUCGCUACCUCGCCUUCCUACGCUCGACCUCGCUGCCCCUCAAAGCAACAAUCUACUCCGAGUGGCACGACUCGCGUCUCAUACCGUGGCUGCAUUUCGUCCCCAUGCAUAACUCUUUCGUAGAGGUGUACGGUAUUCUAGAGUAUUUCAUCGGGUUCAGCAUGGGGGUCGAGACAGACGGUGGCCAAGUGGUGAUGGAAGGAGGGCACGAUGAGGAGGCAAGGAAGAUUGCGAUGCAGGGGAAGGAGUGGGCAGAGAAGGUGCUGAGGAAAGAGGAUAUGCUGGUUUAUGUCUUAAGACUGUUGCUGGAGUAUAGGAGGGUAUGCGAUGAUGAGAGGGCGAGGCUAGGGUUCGUAGGGGACUUGGAGGGGAAAGAGUAGGUUCGAGUAAAGAACCUGAUUAUUUAG